AGCGAGCAAAAGUAGGCGGUGCCGACCAGUCUUGAAGGAGCAGCGCCCGUGGUAUCCGCAAGACUCCCUAGCCGACCCUCUCAAGAUAGGGUCCAGCGGCCGGUAACGCCGCCAAAGUAGUUCCUGGUCACAAUCAACGAGAGCAGGCCAAGACCGCUGCUAUCCCCCACACUUGCCAUAGUACCGCUACGGUGGGCUCAUCAAUGCGAUCAAAGUCCAACGAUCCCACAUCCGCAUCGGCCUACAAGCCCUUUAUGACCGAGUACCGCCUUUCGUUCAAAGACCCCACUCCAGCUUCGCAAAAGGGGCAUCAGACCACCAAGGCGGUUGUCAAGACAGGCAAGUCUGCCGGCACAAAUGCAAAGUCGUUUCGAAGAACAGCAACCAUCUCGGGCGGAGCCGAGGCGUACCACCAGAACCACGGACAGCCGUCCAAUCUGCCCAAUAUUGCAACGCAAGAAAAGGAUGUGUACAUGUAUGCUGCAGUUCAGUCCCGAAAGAAGGAUAUCUGGCAACCGCCGCCCAUGAACGGCAGGUCGCUCAACACGUCCCUGACGCUUCCAGGCAUGUUGGACCAUCUACCUCAGACCGGCGAGCACUAUCCCAGAAGGAGGAUUGUCAGCGGCGUCCCACAGAGCGGGGGACAGUCUCUCCGACAUCGCUACAACAUCAUCACAGGCCAUCCGACGGGCGAGCCCUACUCGGGCUACAAGGAGGGCCGCCGUGCGGUGAUCGAGAGCUUUGCACACAUCGACGCUGUGACGAACGCUCGAACUCCCGGAUACAAUAUCGUCACUGGCCACGAUCCGACCAAGGGCCUCGACACCGACCAGGCCAAUCUCCUGGCUAUGUUGGCGAACGGACCUGGGUUUUAACAGGCCGGUUGUUUGAGGAGGGGAAGCAGCCCCGCCUGCAGACACAUCGUUUACAACGGACCCGAGCGGGUGACACCCCUGUUUUGAGUCGGGGCUGUCGCCUGUCUGGGUCCUGAAUACACAUCCAUCCAUCGUCCGCCACGGGC